GCUACUUUGGCAUAAAUCUUGAAAAGAAGUGACUGCAACAUUGUGAUCAUCAGCUUAUUGAUGUAUUCAUUUUGUCCAAUUAUGGCAGAGGUUUCCUGGUUUCUAGAAUCUGGCUCCUUCUAGUUGUCUGCAACGUGUUUUUUCACAGCAUCAGUUAGUACCCACCCUGCUUGUGUGAUCUCACUGCCACAGACUGGCUCAUUCUCCUGGAAGAAGGCUGCGUACAUCUCACACUGCAUCCCUGUACACAAUGGAAUCCUUCCUACUUUUUAUUUGCAUCCUUUCAUCUUUACUAUCUAGGGGUUACUCCCUCUCCUGUAUACAUUGUCUGGCUGAAGGCGAACUUUCCUGCACUGGUGAUGAAAAAAAAUGUCCGUCUGAUACUUAUGUGUGUGCUUCUACAUCCACGAUCAGCAUAAUUGAGGGAGUAGCACGGAAAACUUUUUCAAGGUCUUGUGAAAAACGGAGCUCUUGUGGAAUUUCUGGAACCAUCGGUUACCUGAAAGGAAAAGUGAAAACUGCAACCUCCUGUUGUUUCACAGAUGGCUGUACUCCUUCCAGUCCUGCAUUGCCAAGUGAUAGUACACAGAGGGUUGGUCUGACCUGUUCCAGUUGCACCUCGUUAGACUCUGCCUGGUGUCAUACACUGGAAACCAUUGAAUGCACUGGGGACGAGAGACGAUGCAUUUUCAAAGCUACAACCAUCUCAGGUCCCAAGUACAGCAGAUCAGCAGUCAGAGGUUGUGCCACGAAAACUCUUUGUGACACUGGAAGCCAGAGCCAAGAUUUUGGAAACGGAAUAAAAGUGAAUACAGACGUUACUUGUACGAGUGACAGCACUGAUCUACAGCUAAACCUGCUCCUUCUGACAAUGGUGUCAUUAUUAUUAGCAAACCUAAUGCAUUGAACCUAAUAUCUAUGUAUUUCUGUGUGUACCUAUAUAUGUAUGGAUGUACGUAUGUGUGUUUGUGCGUCAAACACAAAAGAGCAUGUGUUAAGCAUUGAUGUGCAAUGCAUGGGAUAUUCUUUCAAUAAUAUAUAAUGUUCAGUAACAGUAAUUCUGAAUCAUAAAUGUAUCAUAGGAUUCAGGAAUUUACUGUAUUAAAUGUGGUUUGUCAGUUUGUAUUAGGACAAGAGAACAGAUAUUACAUGUAAAGUGAAUUGACAGAACUAUGGCAGAACUACACAUCAUCAAUAAACUUACAGAAAUGAUCUAAGAGUAGCAUCUGUUCGUAUAAAUAAAGAAUGGUGAUACCAAUUCUUGAAAUUACUGGGGUCAUACCAGCACAAAAAACUCUAAUUCACUACAAAGGCAAAAAGAAAUGGGGGCUCAAUAUAAGUUGUAGGAUGUACUUAUUCAAUGUCUAAAUUAGAGAGUAUAGAGAGAAUGGCAGAAGAAAAAUGAGAGGGGUGUGAAUCAGAUGUAUAGGACAGAACAGGUAGGGACUUCCAAUGUGAAUGAAGAUCCCUUAACAAAAAAAGACAAACUUGCAUUAAAUUCUAGACAAUGCCGGAGUGGAUUAGGAUUUGUUUUUACCUUAGGCAGUUCCUCUAGAUUUUCUUUUAAGAAAAUACUUGCUUCUUCUGUGUCUUCAUAGACCAUCCAAAAAGAAUGUUUUCUUAAAUUAAUUUCAAAUUAUUUUGUUUGUAAUAAUCAAAUACUGUAUGACUAAUAAACAUAUCCUGUUUUAUCAGUACCCAUAAAGGACUACCGAAAAUGGGACUUAAAGUAUGGUUGACAAAACACGUAUACCUGUAUGUCAUAAAUAAGACUUUAGCCAAAAUGUAUGCAACAAACCAGCAUGUGUCAGGCCUAGAAUAUGUAUGAUAUAGAAACAAAUUUGAAGGGUGAGGUAGAUGGCACAUUAGUGAAAUGUUGGGUAAGCUAUGGAAGAACAGAAUAUGCAAUAUAUAGAGGUUAAAAAUUUAGCCCAAGAAAUGCAAACAAUAAGUAAAGUUUUUUUUAGCAUAUCCACUUAGAAUUCAGCAUUCAAAGGUGUGACAUAUGUAUGGUCAUUUGUUGACAAUAACAGCAGAGUAAAUGGGACAUAAAAAAGGAUUGUUUUGUAAUGUUUCCUAUUUUUAAAGACAAUAUUGCUAGGCAUGUGCAUGAGGAAAAGUUUUGGUUCGGUUCGGCAUUCCGAAAUUCGGGAUUUUCGAAAUUCGGGACUUCGGCACUUCAGCACUUCGGAACUUCGACACUUCGGAAUGUCACCUGUCAGUCUCUUCAUUUACCUGUCAGAGCACUCUGAUUGGAUGGCUUAAACCCACCAAUCAGAGUGCUCUGAGCCUAAUUGCAGGG